CAUGUAUUAUCUAACGGUCUUGGACAUUAUUUCAUUAGUUCUAGGUUACUUAUUGUCAUUAAAUGGACUUUGAACUUCCAGGCAAUAGAUAGUCAUAUUACCUGCUCAACGCAACAGAAAAUUUUUAGAAAAAUGUCAAAGCAAAAUGGAUUUCAUGUCGUCACGCCACUUAUCGAAAGCACGGGCAUGUCUAAGCGGAUCGGGACCACCGUGUAUCUGAAGAUGGAGAGCUCACAACCCACCGGUUCCUUCAAAAUCCGUGGAAUAGGAUACAUGUGUCAAAAUGUUGCAAGUUCAAACAAGUCAAAAGGUGUCAUUUGUUCUUCAGGUGGGAAUGCUGGUAUGGCCACAGCGUAUGCAGCAAGAAAGCUCAAGCUGCCAGUCACCAUUGUUCUGCCCUCAUCGACUCCCCAACUGGUAGUUCAGAAACUUAAGGACCAGGGCGCUACGGUCAAAGUUAAGGGCAAGGUAUGGGAUGAUGCAAAUGCUGAAGCCCUACGUUUGGCUCAAAGUGAAGGUCUUACUGUAAUACACCCAUUCAAUCAUCCUCUAGUCUGGAAAGGUCAUUCCAGUAUUGUGCGUGAGCUCAAGGCCUCACUGCCAUCCAAACCUGGAGCUAUAGUGGUGUCCGUAGGGGGUGGAGGUCUGUUUUGUGGGAUCAUGGAAGGUCUGGAUGAGGUGGGCUGGGGAGAUGUGCCUGUCCUGUGUAUGGAGACUGUGGGUGCCGACUGUCUCAAUGUUGCUCGGAAAGCCGGAGAACUGGUUACACUGCCUGACAUUACAAGUGAAGCAACAUGUUUGGGAGCAAAAACAGCAUGCCAGCAAGCAUUUGAGUACAGCAAACGGCCCAGUGUUAUUUCAGAGGUGGUGACAGACCUACAGGCCCUGGAGGCAGUGGAACUGUUCCUGGAUGAGGAGCGUGUGUUGGUGGAGUUGGCCUGCGGAGCAUCAUUGGCUGCAGUGUACAGCGGUGUCAUCCAAAGGCUACAGGAAGAGGGACGCCUUCCUAAACCGCUUGACUCGCUGGUAAUGAUCGUGUGUGGGGGCAGCAGCGUGAACCUGGCUCAGCUGCAGCAUCUACAGGCAGUCAUCCGGAAAUGACCACAUCUUUAGAUUCUCACAUCUGAGAUAAAUGGUCAAAGCAUCUGCUUUGAGUUGUGCUGACAUGUUGUGAAACGUAAAUCAAAAGAUAAUAUGGAUAACCUGCGUUUUAAACAGCUGAGAGCAGCCUGUGUAUCAGAGAAGUCUGUUUUGAGCAAACAUCCAGAACUAGACAAAAUCUUAAGAUUUUCUGUAACACCUUGGUUUAGUGAAAUAUUGUAAUAAAAUCCUUUAUCACCUCA